CGUCGAAUCCGUAACAUCUAUAUUUUGCCUAAUUACUGCUUUCGCUAAGACUUUCAGUGCGUGAAUAUUCAAGCAGAUAAUUGCAUUCAAUCAACACUAACAUUAACGGCUCCACAAUGUCUGGAGCCUACGAAUCCAUCGGUAGAUACAAGUGUAUUUCGAGCAACUGUUUAUCUAUUCAUAACUUCGAGCCCUUGUCUAAUCAACUAUGUAGCAAACCGAUAAUUAGCAAUCGACGCCUCGGAGCCGCUGAAUAUCCCGUAUCACAGUCAGGGUUCACGCACUUCUCAUACAAACGUCAGACUCAUUCGUUGAAAAACCAUCAUUGCAAAAUGUUAUUCAAAGCAACUCCAGAGUUUGCAAUAGCUUUUACUAAACUGACGUCGAUACUCGGCAGCUCCUGGCCGCACUACAAAAAUGCAACCAAGUGUCAGCUUAUUGUUUUUAAUAUAAAAUGGUGGUUUUUUUGGUUCAUGUCAAUAACUGCGUUUUUACCCAUGUGUUAUGCGGCUUACAAUAACACGAAAAAUAUAUUGAGUUUUACAAAGUCAUUGUGUGACGCUGCUAAUUGUAGCCAAGCUUUUAUAAAAAUGUUGUUGUGUAAAAUACAUUAUCGUAAACUUCAGUUCCUUUUCUAUGAAAUGGAAAAAUAUGUUGAGCAGGCACGCGCUAAUGAAAGAGAAUUGUUCGUUAAUUAUAUUAAAAGGUGUGGACGAUUACAUGUUUCGAUAAUGAUAUCCGCGAUGAUGGCAGCUGUUAUAAUAAUUAUCGCACCUAUUGGAAUGCCCCAGCCGUUUCCGAAUGUUGCUGAAUAUCCUUUUCCGGUGGACGGACAUCCUACUUUUGAGAUUAUUUACUUGCAACAAAGCAUCGCGACGAUUCAUUGCAUGUCUAUACCAGUUUUCGAUUGUCAAAUCGCUCUGCUACUCUGGUACGCUGGUGCAAGACUUGAAUUGUUGGGCGACGAGUUUCAAAAAGUCACCGAUAACCAGCAAUUCGUCGCUUGUGUUAAGAAACAUCAGUAUUUAUUAUGGUUUAUUCAGGAAAUAAUAAUGAGUAGUCGUUACAUUCUUGCAACGACGGUCGUUAUGUGCACGAUAGCUGUAAUUACUAGUGGGGUUCAUAUUGUUGGGAAUGAACCUGUUGCUGAUAAAGUGCCAUUUGUUAUUUUAUCGAUGGGCUUGUCGGCAGUGUUGUAUCUUUGUGCGUGGCCAUCAGAACAUCUUGCACAAAUGUGUGAAAAUAUUGGAACUGCGUUAUACUAUUCAUCUUGGAUCAAAAAUUCAAAGGAAUUGAAUAAAAGUAUUCUUAUCGUGAUACAGAGAUCACAAAAACCAGCGACUAUUGAAGUGGCUGGUAUUUUACCCAUGCUCUCAUUACCAUACUACGCAACGUUUCUAUCGAAAACAUUUUCGUACUUCACGACUCUUCGUGUUGUGCUGGACAAAAUGGAAGACUGAGUUUCAUUUUUGUUUGUAUGAUAAUAGAUUUAUAAUUAAUAUAGUUUGUUAAAUUAAUUAAUCCCUGGCGGUUUUGAAUCACCCUGGAAACACGGUGGAAUCACGGUGGGCUUUUUUUCAUUUUAUCACCGUGGAAUCAGGGUGGGUACAUCGUGUAACCACCGUUGAAUCACGGUGUAUACACGGUGAUAAAAUGGCACAAACCCACCGUGUAACCACCCUGGAUCCACCGUGAUUCCACUGUGUUUCCACUCCCAGGGUGGUUCAAAACCACCAGGGAUAUAAUAAAUUUUAGGCAGUCAUAGGUACGUUAAGUAGUUCGAAUAAAAUUUAAAAAUAAUUUUAGAAACAGAUUUUAUAAAUGUAGCACUUAGAAAAAAUUGUUAUUUCAUAUGUUGUAGAACAUAUGUUUGUAUAUAAUCAUAGUUUUGAAUCUAAAAAGCAAUCAA